UCUAUUGUUCUUAUCCUAAUCUUCUUCUCCCUCUUCAUAUAAAUUCCACCAAACACUUCUCAGCUCUCUAUCUCUUUCAAUCUUCUUCUUCCUCUCUCCAAUUCAAUUCAAUUCAAUUCACUCUCUUUUCCUUUUACACACAAAAUAUCAUGGCCUCCAACAAUGCCCUCCCCGCCACCGGCAACGGCCUCAUCGUCAGCUUCGGUGAGAUGCUCAUCGAUUUCGUCCCCACCGUCUCCGGCGUUUCCCUCGCCGAGGCUCCCGGCUUCGUCAAAGCCCCCGGCGGCGCUCCCGCAAACGUCGCCAUCGCCGUCUCCAGGCUCGGCGGAAAAUCCGCCUUCGUCGGCAAGCUCGGCGACGACGAGUUCGGCCACAUGCUCGCCGGAAUAUUGAAGGAGAACGACGUCAGAGCCGACGGCAUCAACUUCGACCAGGGCGCGCGCACUGCCCUCGCCUUCGUCACCCUACGCGCCGACGGAGAGCGUGAGUUCAUGUUCUACAGAAAUCCCAGCGCUGAUAUGCUCCUCAAACCCGAAGAUCUCAAUCUUGAACUCAUCAGAUCUGCAAAAGUGUUCCACUAUGGAUCGAUAAGCUUGAUAGUGGAGCCAUGCAGAUCGGCACACCUGAAGGCAAUGGAAGUUGCGAAGGAAGCAGGGUGCUUGCUCUCUUAUGAUCCAAACCUCAGGCUACCCUUGUGGCCCUCACCGGAGGAAGCUCGUCAGCAAAUACUCAGUAUAUGGGACAAGGCUGAUGUCAUCAAGGUCAGUGAUGUGGAGCUCGAAUUCCUAACUGGGAGUGACAAAAUUGAUGAUGCUUCUGCUCUCUCCUUGUGGCACCCCAGUUUGAUAUUACUCCUUGUCACUCUUGGUGAACAUGGUUGCAGAUAUUAUACCAAGAAUUUCCAUGGAUCAGUGGAGGCUUUUCAUGUCAAUACAGUUGAUACAACUGGCGCUGGUGAUUCCUUUGUUGGUGCUCUAUUGUGCAAGAUUGUCGAUGAUCAAUCCAUACUUGAAGAUGAACCGAUAUUGAGGGAAGUACUCAAGUUUGCAAAUGCAUGUGGAGCAAUUACAACUACUAAAAAAGGAGCAAUUCCUGCUCUUCCUACAGAGGCUGAUGUCCUCAACCUCAUCAAAGGAGAAUAGAAAUUUAGUACAUCUUUUGGUUUACUUUAUGGGAAGAAAGUUGGUGUAUUUUUAAUUUUUAAUAUUAUGUAGUUACGUGUUAUGAAUAGCAUAUAGUUAUAAUAUGAAAAAUUAUUUUUUUUUCAUAUUAUAAUUAUGUACUACCCGUAGUAUAUAAUGGAAAAAAAUAAAA